AUGGCCAAUGCGAAGGACGAGACUCGCCAGCUGGCGACAUUUCUGUCCCAGCUCAAGUACGAACAGCUACCUCAAGAAGUUGUUGACAUUGCAAAGGCGUCGAUCCUGAACAUCAUCGGCUGUGCAAUAGGCUCCUCGGACGCCUCACCACGGCGCAAAGCCAUAGCAGCCUUACUACCUGACAAAUCUGUAGAAACCCCGUCGGCACCAGGUGCAGCCACUAUCUGGGGCCGCCCGGAGCGGACAGAUGUAGAGACUGCCACUUUUCUCAACGGAAUAGCGGCCACCGCCGGAGACUAUGAUGACACUCUCCUUCGCACUGUCAUUCACCCCUCUUGUACCGCCAUCACGGCCGUGUUGCCAUGGGCGGAAGUCCACCAUCUGUCGGGGAAGGAGCUGAUCCUGGGAUUUGUGGCGGCGUUCGAGACUCAAGCUGCAGUCGCAAAUGCGAUCUCUCCAUCACAUUAUGACAACGGUUGGCAUAUUACAGGCUCGACCGGGUCUUUCAGUGCCACUGGAGGCAUUGCGAAGCUUCUACAACUCACUCCGGACCAAUUUGCGGCGGCCCUGGGCCAUGCAUCAAGUAUGGCUUCGGGUACACGCGCUGUGUUCGGCACCGACACCAAAACACUGCACGUGGGCCUUCACGGGCGCAACGGUAUCGUGGCCGGAAAGCUCGCCCAACACAACUUCGGCAGCUGUCCUGCACCCAUAGAGGCGUGGGCACGACUCGUGUCCACCACGGUCGACACGGGUUGCAUCGGCGAACUGGCCAGGGGAGGUCCGUGGCAAAUCUUGACAACCGCAUUUAAGCCAUACCCGUGUGGCGUCGUCAUUCACCCUCUCAUCGACGCCUGCCUCGAGGUCUUCCGCUCGUUUUCCAUCAACGGCGAGGUCAAAGCCACAGAAGGGCCACGAGGCCUGGACGACCUGGCCGAGAUCCAAGUCACUGCGAAUCCACAGCUUGUGAGAUUGUGCAACGUCCGCCAUCCCCGUACGGGGCUCGAAACCAUCUUCUCCUUGUACCAUGGUUGCGCCGUCGCUCUGGUCUACGGCCGUGCCACCCCGGCAGAGUUUUCGGACGACGUGGCGGCCAACGAUCCUCUCGUUCACAGCAUUCGGGACCGGGUUUCGGUCCAGACAGAUCCCAAACUGCGCGACGACGAAGCUUACCUAACGUUCACGUCGUCCAGCAAGGCGAAUAGUCCUCAAGCGACGAGGACAGUCUACAUCAAGCAUGCUACUGGCUCCUUGGGCAACCCUAUGACCAAGGUACAGUUGGAGGAGAAAUUCCUCAACCAGACCGAGAAGUAUCUAGGCAGGGAGAAAGUCAGAAAGGUCAUCGAGACUUGCUGGAAGCUGGAUUCAAUGGAAGAUGUCUGCGAGCUGGUUAGGCUGCUUGCCACAUGA